ACACUGAAAAACCUGUUUCCUCUCUCCACCGCAAAUAAAAACCCCAGCUGGGGAUUCUCUACAGGUUCAUUGUGAAAGUGUCAGCUUUGAGAGAAGGAGAGGGAGGCCGAAGGCAUCCUCUGUGAGAACUAUAUGAUAGACAUUGCAGAGUUCUCACACACCAAGAGAAUGAGGAAGAUAUUCUUGAUACUUAGUUUACUUGCCUUAGAACGGAGCAGCAUGGAAGCCAACUCAACUGGAGUAGGCUUUGCCACACCUGUGGAAAGUGAAGUGGAGAGGAGUCUCCCUGACUUGGCUUUGCCUGAAACGCAGGACCUCGGAAAUGUAUUGGCAACCCUUCUGCCUCCUGCUUCAGAGAAGCCAGCCACUGUGCUGAAUGCAAGCCAGGUGGAGGGUGUAAAGGAUGGCAUUCCUAUAGCCAUGAAAGAGGCUCAAGGACUGCAACCUCCUGCAGCAAGAGAGCAGAAGAAAUCCUUCAGCCAUACAACUCCUAGCCCAGGGAGUGACAGUGAAGGUGGCUCUCCAGAUGUUAAGCCAUCCGUCCUGACUAGCAGCACAGAGGUUCCUUCACAGUACCAUCCUUGGAAGCGCCCUGUUCAAAGCCCCAAAACAGCAACUGUGAGCAGAUCUUCUAGGCAAUUGGACUAUAGCAGCAGCAAGCAGAAUGCAGAUGGCACAAAACCCAGCUUCGAAACCACCAGAGGAAAGAACUGGUGCGCCUAUGUUCACACAAGACUCCAGCCCACCAUAGUGGUUGACAAUGUAGAAAGCUACGCAUCAGGCAGAGCCAAGCCGUGCACCUGGAUGACAGGACCCUGCGGCUCAAGCUCCCAGUCAAGGACUCACCAAGCUUACAGGAUCAAGCAUAUGAUUGUGACAUCACUGGACUGGAAGUGCUGCCCUGGAUACAGUGGAGGAACAUGCCAGCCCCAAGCCCAACAGGAUCAAUUGCUUCUACACAGCAACCAGGCAGAGAGCAACACAGCUGUCGGUGGGGGAAACCAGCAGCAGCAGCAACAGCAGGACCCCAGCGACCCAGCAGUUGCACAAAAAAUGAAUGAGCAGAUUAGCAGCCAGGAGAUGAAACUGACUUUGCUACAGAAGAAGGUUGACAACAUUUCGGUCGUCAUGAGUGAUGUGACCAAGACACUCUCCUCUCUGGAAGGCAAAAUCAAUGAAGAUAAGGGCAGAGACUUCCAGGCUUUUCUAAAAGGUCUCAAGUCCAAAAGCAUUACUGAGCUAGUCAAAGAGAUUGUAAGAGAACAGUUAAAAAUCUUCCAGGGUGACAUGCCAGAGACUGUGGCCCAGAUUUUCAAAAUUGUGUCUGGUCUGUCUGAAGAUCUUGAGAGCACCAAAGAAUUGGUCAAAAGCUUGAAUGCUUCUCACCACAAAUUGGCCAUGGAGGUAGGAAAUAAGCCUACAAGGGUAGAAAUCCUAGACAUAAGGACCCAGAUCCUCCACAUUGAAGAGAAUAUAAGCUUUACAUGUGAGAAACCAAUCAAAGACCUGCAGGAACAUCAGAGAUCUAUAGAAGUUGCCUUGGAGCAUCAGAGUUCAAAGAGCAACAUAUACUAUGAAUCUCUGAACAAGACUCUGACUCAAAUGAAACAGGUACAUGAACAGCUAUUAUCAGCUGAACAGAUCUCAGACCAAAAUAUCCCAACAGCAGGUAACUCAUUGAGUGAUAACCUUACAGAUUAUGUGACUGGUUUACAUGAGAAAGUGAAAACACAGAGUCUGAUGGUUCUGCAGCUUUAUGAUGACCUCAGAGUCCAAGACAGCAAGAUCAGUAAUCUUACUAUAGCAUUAGAGAUCCAGAGAGACAACUUACAUGGAGAAUGCAAUAGCAUGUUGUCCAAAUGCAGGAGCGACUUCCAAACACAACUGAAAGGCCUGAAAGAGAACAUGAAGUCUGUAAAUAAAACCAUGGAGAACCUUGUGUUUCCCUUGGAUGAAAAGAUGGAUAAAAUGAAUGAGCAAAUUGAUGACCUCUGUUAUGAUAUGGAGAUUCUCCAGCCCUUGAUUGAGCAAGGGGUUCCUUUCAGUCGUACAUCAGAGUAUGAGCAACAGAUUGAAACAGAAGCUAUAAGCAGAAAGCUGGAAAAUUUAACCAGUGUUGUGGCAGGGCUACGUUCCACCACUGAAGAACUUUUCAAAAGCCAGAAGGAACUUAAAAAUGAAGCUCAGGCUCACAAUGAAAUCUCAGAGACGCGUAUUAAUGAAUGUUUCUUUUUAAUGGAAGAUGGCUUGAAUAAGACCAUGAUGGUUAUCAACAGCGCCAUUGAUUCUGUCCAAGAUAACUAUGUGCUCAAAGAAACACUGAGUGCCAUGAAAAAUGAGACAAAAGCCUGCUGUAGCAGUGCUGAGAAGAUGGAAAGCAUAUUGACAUUAAUGCCUCAGUUCCAACAGAUGAAUGAAUCCCUUCAGAUGCUAGUCAGUGAGAACGAGAAACAUGGAUUUACUUCAAAAACAACUAAUUCUUCUUCUCCUUCAUCUGGUGAACAUGAUAUUCAUCAUCUCAGUAAAUUUCAACGUAAUCUAAACACAACAUUAAACUUGCAAGAACAUCAACACGAUGUUGGUUAUGUGGAUGAAAAGCUCUCUCAUCCCACCCAGGGACAUGAAGAUCUUGAGGUUCGCCUGCAGGCGGUGGAGACAAAAAUAAUUAAGUUUUUGGCAAAUAACUGUGUCUCGGUAAGAAACAUCAAAGCUGCUUCCACAGAAAAAGAUAAAGUGGUCUCACUUCAAGUGCAGGCCUUGAGUUCCAGAAUCAGGGCACUAGAAGCCAAAUCCAUACGCUUCUCUCUGACCAUCCCUCUGUUAAAUAAGACUGCCUAUGAAGCACGGAGCUUGUGUGAAGAUGUUUCUGGAAGCCUUCAAGGAAUGAAUGCCAGCAUUCCCAAGUUGGUGAAAGCUGCUCAUCCGGACAGCUUGCUGUUUCAGAAAGGCUUGCAAGAGCUCACAGAAUCCAUGCUGGAGGUCAAAGCAGGAAUGAUCCUAUCCAAUCUAACCUGGUAUGUAGACAAGUCCCUAGCUGAUGCAGUAGACAAUAUUACCAAACGUCUGAAGGCAACUCCUCCAGCUUCUAAAAAGCCACCACCAAUAAAAAAGAUGCCAGUGAAUACAACUGUAAACCAAGCUGGACGAAGUCAGAGAAACACAGACACCACUUUAGAAGCAGGUGAUUAUCUGAGCUGCAGAAGCUCCCCGUGCCAGAAUGGGGGGACCUGUGUCAAUGAAAGGAAGGGCUUUGUCUGCGCUUGCCGCUACCCCUUCGGAGGAGCCAACUGCAGCACAAAGAUGGUGGAGGAAAAUGCUCCUGCUGUAGAUUUUUCAAAAGGAUCUUACAGGUAUGCACCAAUGGUGGCCUUUUUUGCUUCACACACCUACGGGAUGAAUACUCCAGGCCCUAUUCGAUUUAACAAUCUGGAUGUCAACUAUGGGUCUUCCUAUGUCCCAGCAAAUGGAAGGUUCCGUGUGCCAUAUCUUGGAGUUUACGUCUUCGAAUACACCAUUGAAUCCAACAGCCCACUCCUCUCAGGCUACCUAGUAGUCGACGGAAUAGACAAGCUAGGCUUUCGGUCUGAAAACACAAAUGAUAAGAAAUACAUGGAAAGAGUGGUGACUGGUGAUGCCUUACUAGAACUGAACUAUGGUCAAGAAGUCUGGCUCAGGCUGGCAACAGGCUCUAUCCCAGCCAAAUAUCCACCUGUAACUACAUUCACUGGCUACAUAUUGUACCGCACAUAAAUACAGUUGUUCAGAAAAGCUGUCAACCACAAAGGAAGCACAAGCACAUCUGGCUCUUCCUCUUUGCUCCUAAACCCAUUCUAGACAAAAAGGUGACUCUCAUUUGAGGUUGCCACCUUUUCUUUUAACAGCUGCAUGACAGACAGAAAUUCCAAAAUGAAGAGGCUUUCCCAAAUCAGCCUCUCCAUGCUGAAAAAAGAAGCAGCUUUACUACCUGCAAUCCUGCCUGUCACCCAGAUGUUAAAAGCAGAGGAGCCCUUGUGUAAAAUAGGUGGCGAGCCUAUCUUAUUAGAUAUUUUCUGUGAACUUCAAAUUUUGAAAACUGCCAGCUAUCCCAUCAUACCUGUGACUGACUCAGCGGAAAUAUUUGUAAAUGCUUCUCCCAUAUGUCCAGUUACCUCAUUAUCUGAAUGUUUUCAAUAUGUCCACCAUUUUACACAGCUAUUCACAUCAGUACAAAAGCAAUAUACAACAAGUUACAAAUUUUAUCAGCAUUGUUAAGUGAAUUUGAUUUCAGCUUUCAGCAUUAAUGUGGCACAGGCCAUGUGCAACUUUACAGGACCUUUUUUUUAAAAAAAAACAAACCUAAAACUCUAGGGUCUAUCAACUGGAACCAGGUUCCCAACACUGGCUCCAGUAGCCAGACAUACACUUUUUAAGGGAUUGGAUGCCUCUGAAUGUAUGCUUCACCCAGGAAUUUGUUUCCAGGCCUGGGACUAAACUCACAGUCCUAUCACACAAAAAUCCACUCCUGGACUUCCUCCAGCUUUUCUUCAUUUCAGUCAUGCAAUUUAGGAAGAGCAAAGCUUUUCGUUGUUGCUAUUGUAAAGGAACAGAGGUUUGACAACACAUGCCGAUCCACUGCAAAUCACUCACACAUCUACCAGUAGAUUCCCUCUGCUCAGAGCUUGGAAAAGUUACUUUUUUGAACUACAACUCCCAUCAGCCAAGUCCAGUGGCUAUGCUGGCUGGGGCUGAUAGGAGUUGUAGUUUUAAGAAAAACUUUUCCACAAGCUCUGCCUCUGCUCAUCCGCAGCAUGGCCAUCUGCUCAGAUCAUGAUGGCUCUGCUUCUGUUUUUAGAGGCAGUUGCAGGAGGCAGGAUGCCAGAGAGCUGGGAAGGAGCCACGUGUAGGGUUACCAUCAUUUUGUCAUUUCAGAAAGAGUACAUUUGGCUUCGAUAAGUGAAAAGUAAGAGUAUGCUGUUGCACCAUCUCAAAAAGAGUACAUGUACUCAUAAAACAGUACGGUUGGUAACCCUAGCCACGUGACAAGCCCCACCUUUAUGGCUGGAAUAUUCACAUAAUUGAUCCGGCAGAAUGAGAUUGCAUCAUGAGGAGCCUUUCCUAACCUAUUGGGACCCCUUCUGUGAAUGCAGACUAUUUUAGGAAGCAACUUGGGAGGUUUGAAUUCUAGAUCCAAGAAUUCUAAAACCCAGUUUCAUUCGAUUUCAGUCUUCAGUUGCUGGAUUUGGUUACACAGAGUACUUCGUUGAAGCAAUGUGCACAUAGGCCUACUAAAUAAAUAAAUACAGCCAGCCAGACUUAAUUGGCUUCCAUUUAGUCCCAGAUAUUAAACUCCCUUCAUCCUUUUUUUGCUCAUACUGCAUUUUGCAUGUGGCAUGUAUGGAUGGUAUACAUUUUACUAUGAAAAGUCUCCAUUUAAACAGCAGAAUUCCAGAAAGUAGAAAUGCACUGUAAUCAUGCAUUUCCUUGAGCUUAUUAAUAAACGGAGUGGCAUACAUUUAACAUGUUAAUACAUUUUUCAUACUGCUAAAGCAAGUGUGAUACUAUGAGGAUACAUAAUGGUGGUAGUCAGGGCUGGCCCGAGACAUCUUGCUGACUGAGAUGAAGGACACGAGGGUGCCCUCUUCCCACUGCAUCAGGGCCGGAUUAUCCAUUAGGCUUAGUAGGCUGAAGCCCAGGGGCCCGGAGCUCUUGGGGGCCUGCGAUCCGCAGAAGCAGGACAGAAGCCUUGGAUCGUGGGACAAGAGCUUCCGAACCACCCAUCAUCCCCCCGCUUCACUUACCUUUUUCUCUGCUGUUUUUUGUGGUUUGCCAUCAAUCAAGAUGGUGGCCAAGGUUUCCCUAAGAGGCUGAAGCCUCUGCCGCCAUCUUGGUUGAUGGCACGCAUGCGUGCUACAUGCGCGCAUUGCUGCCAUCAAUCAAGAUGGCGGCAGAGGCUUCGUCCCCUUAGGGAAACCUUGGCUGCCAUCUUGAUUGAUGGCAAACCUGUGUGCGCAGUGCGCGCAGCUGCAAAAAAAGUGGAAAAGUAGGUGAAGUGAGGGGAUGGGACGGGAUGGCCGGUGGCUCAGAAUCAGCCUAGUGGCCCUCCUCAGCUUAAUCCGGCCCUGCACUGCAUGAACAUAAGCUGACCGUACUGGCACUUGAAUCUUAAUUCAGUGUCAUCCAGGGCUUUGUUUGUUGGUUUGUUUUGUGACAGUACUCACAGGUAUUGAGUUCCGGCAUCUCAUUUUUAUUUUUUCUUUUACCAAAAAAAACACUGCUGUCAUCCCACGUGUUGGGGAUGGCCAGAGGAUAUUAAGAGGAACAGCCAGGGGAUUGCUGCCGCCCCCUCAGCAUCUCUUGGCUGAGGUGGGGAAGGGCUGUAGCUCAGUGGCAGAGUAUCUGCCUUAGAUGCGGAAGGUCCCAGGUUCAGUCCCCAUCAUCUCCAGGUAGGACUGGGAGAGACUCCUGCCUGAAACCUUGGAGAGCCACUGCCAGUCAGUGUCAACAACACUGAGCUAGAUGGGCCAAUGGUUCGACUCAGUAUAAGGCAGCUUCCUAUACUCCUAUGCAGGUGGUCACCUCACUCUGCCUAAUAAAAGAGCAAACCCUGAUCGUAGUUUCUCUUGCUUUAAAAGCACAACAUUAAUCGUUGAGGGGAAAAUAUAUAUAUUUAAUGCAUUGUCUAAUUCAAGAGAGUUAUCAGGUUUGCUUGUCAUCAACAUGGUACACCAUUCACAGGGGAGAGCUUUGAUGAAAAUCUGAUUAAAAACCCAUAUAUUUAAUCUGCGGCUAGUAAAUUAGACAAUUAAUAGCAUCAAUUAAGGGAUUAACACUUUCAUCCCCCUCACUUCCCGCAGAACCAAAUUCACUAUUGUCUGAUAAUCCGUGACGCCUAAAAUGUCAAAAAAAGAGGGGGGGAGCACUGUAUAUCCACAAUCACUGCUGAGAGUAGUAUCACUCCUGUCCAUGGUGUGUUUGUUUUUUAAUCCCAUCAUCUGUUUAUAAAACUAAUCUUCAACACACCAUGAACCCUGAAUGUAUAUAUGCCAGCCAUUUCCUCCAUCAGGUGCACCGUAUCGUUUGGUAAAUACUUAAAAUCCCCGAUUUGUCACUAACCCAUCCUAGCGUAUCAUUGAAUUUUAUCAAAUGUCGUGCCCACAUGGCUAAAUCCCUCCUCACUCCUUGUAUGACUUUGUCAGUUUAAUAACCUGUUUAGUCCUCUUUAUUCCUGCUCUGGAUAGAGCUAAAUGGCGUGGAAAUUAUUCUGCAGAUGAAAUUCAAAUGACCCACAAGAGACUGUGUCUUUCUCUCUCUCUCUUUCUUUAAAUAUGACUUCCUUUGCCCUUCUUGCCCUUACUAUUUAAUCCUUCAAGCCAAGUCUCCUUCUUCAGAGUUGCUCAUUGUUUUCUUCCAUACUCAGAUUCCUGAUAAGGCUUUCUUGUUUUAUAUAUAUAUAUAUUUCCCUGUUACCAACACAUUUCAUUUUCCCAGAGCAGACCUCUGACCUAUGGACCUUUCAAAGUAAUACACAGAGCAAGAGACGCAAAGUGAGGCUGCACCUGUAAUGAAAACCACACCCAAUUUGCUUAAGAAAAAAUAAUACGUACACACAGACACACAUCUUCAUAGUUAUCCUCCUCUUGAAGCUUGUUGGUUAAGUAUAAUUAUGUAAUGGAUGGAUUUUUAUAGAUGUGAUAUUCUAUGAGUUAAGGCAGUGAUUCUCAAACGGUGUGCCCAGGCACACUGGUGCGCCCUAAGAGGUGGCUAGGUGUGCCUCAAAUAUUAUGAAAGUAUAUUUUAAAAAUGAGAAGAAACCCAUUUGUAUAGGGUAAGUAAUAGUUUUCUGUAGUUUGUUAUUUUUAUUCAUAGUUUAAAAUAUGUUAAUAUAUUUUUAAUUUUGUACAAAAAGUGCGCCAGAAAAUUUUUAUGUUUUACAGUGCGCCACGAACCAAGAAAGUUUGAGAGCCACUGGGUUAAGGGUUAAGGCAACAUAACAUUUUUCAGAGUGACGCAAGAGUUUUGAACGUUCCAUCGUUGCUCUCAAAAAAGCAUGAACGCAUUUUAGUUUUAUGUUUUGAAUAAACGACCAUUACCCAAAACCAACACUAUGCAUACAGAGUCUUUGUCAUGUCUUUUUGUCUACAGAACAUACAGAGAGCAAGUGCAAUCGCUUGACACCUCCAGGAUCACAUCAUUCAUCAAUAUCCCUUCAAAACUAGUCAUCCCUCCAAAAGGAAUAUUGAGCUAACUGGCCUGUGGCUCUUCCUCCUCCACCUAUUAAUAAAUGUGAGGAAAGAAAACCAAAUUCCUCAAAAGUUAUCCUGUUUGACUAGCCCUCCCAUCCCUUGACUAACCGUGGUAUGUCAGCUUCUCUGAAAGGGCUAUGUCACCCUUGUCACCCUUCCACUGAGAAGUCUGCUUUUGUAUUCCAAGAGCAGCCUGACACGAACAUACAUUCCAUAACGGUUCUGCAGGUUUUCAGCAUGGUUGAGCUUGAACCAAGGGAAAGGUGACUGUGAUUGAUGCCUAUUGGCUAGUGCCUGUGGCAUCACCCACACACCUAGCCUCCAUCCCAAGUAUGGUUUUACAACUGUUUUCAACAUGUUUGCGACAUCUUUUGUAAAAUGAAGGACGACAUGUGUGUGUUUCCUUGCAUAUGAACUACAUCUUGGUGGGACCCAAAUAUCUGAAAGAACACCUCUUCCUUUACCAGCCUGCUGGUGUCCUUAGAUGUACUGGUGUCCUUCUUAUUUCAUAACACUAGAACUUGUACUUAUCCACUGAAGCUGAAUGUUGGAGAUGGCUACUAACUGUGAUAGGUAUGCUGUGCCUCCACAGCAGGAGGUAGUAUGCUUCUGAAUACCAGUUGCUGGAAACUGCAGGAAGGGAGAAUGCUGUUGCACUCAGGUCCUGGUUGCAGGUUUCAAAGAGGCAUCUGGGUGGCCCCUGUGAGAACAGGAUUUUGGACUAGAUGAUCCAUUGGCCUGACCCAAUAGACUCUUAUGCUCUUAUUUGGGGGGAGAUAGAUAAUCUGGUGACAUGGGAUAAGGCCUUAGAAACAAAGGAACAAAGGAAGCUGCCUACUACUGAGUCAGACCAUUGGUCUAUCCAUCUCAAUAUUGUCAACACUGACUGGCAGCAGCUUUCCAGGUUUUCAGGCAGGAUUCUUUCCCAGCCCAGCCUGGAGAUGCUGGGGAUUGAAUCUAGCACCUUCUGCAUGUAACGCAUAUGCCUCAUUAAUGGAAUAUUAUUCCCCAGAACUGCAACUGGCACUGAUGUUGUUGCCAUUUUGGCACCAGGGAAAGACCUACCUGUUUGCCCAGAUAUUAGUUUUCAUAUGCCACUGCAAUGAAGGACUGUGUGCGUGACUCCAUGGAUUUUUGU